CGCGCCUCCAUCGACUGUCCUCCUUCACAGCUCUCUAUAACAAUUCUUUAUAAAGACAUGGCAGACGACGAGAAGAAAGAAAAACACACAGACGAGAACGAGGUCCCAGACGAAGAAGACUACCGAGAAUCUGAAGACGAAGACUUUGAUCCUAACGCAGCGGCCGAUGACGACGAUAAGCUCUCCUCCGACGACGAUGGGAAAGAUGAAGAAUUAGUUGACGAAGGAGACGAAGGUGUCGCGUCUCGAAAGAGGAAAAAAGGUCAUGCUGACGGUGGGAGUGAUAAUGAGGAGGAUGGAAUUCGAAUUCUUACACGGUCGCAGAGGAGUGCCGAAGACGCGGCCAAGAAAGCAGCAAAGAAGGGAAAGUCAACUAUCGACGCAGACGCGUUAUGGGCGCAAAUGCGGGCCUCUACACCUACGGCCGCUACAGCUGCUGAUGAAAUGAUCACAAUCACCGAGACAUUCGAGUUUGCCAAAGAAGUCACGACUCGUGAACGGCAGGUGCCAAAGAACUCCGCCGAGGGCCAAGCAUAUCUUGCAAAACUUGCCAAAGAAAAGGAGGCAGCUGCUGCCUCACCGGCUAUCUCAUCACAGACCCCGUCAACGGCAUCAGCAACGACAUCAGCGACAACCAAGAAACCAAAACUCGGCGGCGGCCCCCGGAAAAAGAAAGUCUCUGCUCUGGACUCUCUCGCAGCAGGCGGGAAACCCAAGAAACUCAACACUCUUGAAAAGUCCAAAAUGGACUGGCAGGGAUUCGUUGACAAUGAAGGAAUUACAGACGACCUGCGGCGGCAUAAUCAAGGUGGAUAUCUACAUAAGCAGGAUUUCCUUGCUCGGGUUGACGAGAAGCGGUAUACCGAUCUGAAGGAGGGACAAAAGGCUUUGAAGAAGAAGUAGAACAUCAUAUUCAUGCAUAC